AACUGUCAUGGACAUGGACGUGAUAAUUUUAUCAGUUUAGUAAAUAAAAAAGCUGUUUUAACUUAGAAUCUUGGUGAUUUUCAUUUAGAAACAAUGGAUUUCGAAAGUCCUGACGUGGAAAAGGAUUUUCCUGGCUUAUAUGCAUCCGAAACUGGCCGAAAAAGUAAUGAAAGCGACUUCAGCGAUGGUGGUGAGCAUGAGAAACCCAGCAAAAAGGAUCUGCUAGGACGUCGCAAAGAAAAGAAGGAGAAGAAAGACAGAGGCUAUGCUGCUCUUGAAGGGGAAAGUUCCCCUGAAGAAGACACUGAUACAAAGAGUCCCUCGAAAUCAAAGAAGACCAAGUCAUUCAAAUUCCCAACUAAAAGCAAGGAGAAACGCGAGAAAUCACGCGACAAGGAGAAAGUUCUAGACGACGCCGCCAAACAGAAGGAGCACAGCGAAAAAGAAAGAAAAAAGGACAAAGAAAGAGAAAAAGAAAAGGAAAGGGAAAGAAAAGAAAAAGAGAAACGGGAGAAAAAGGAAAAAGAUAAGGAAAAAGAAGAAAAGGCGAAGUUCAAGUUAGAAUCGAAAGAAAAAUUAAAAGAUGAAAAAAAGGAGAAAGUGAAAGACAAAGACAAGGAUAAAGUGAAAGAGAAAGACAAAGAAAAAGUUAAGGAAAAAGACAAAGAAAAAGUUAAGGAAAAGGACAAGGACAAAAAAGACAAGAAACUGACUAAGGUGCCUUCGACAGUGACCUCGGGUGUUCCUUUUGAGGAAAUAUUUACACUUGGAGUGGCCCUCCCGAUAUUCGGCGUGCCCCUCCUGCAGUCGGUGGAGCGAUCCAGGUGCCACGAUGACUCCCGCCUGCCUCUGGUCGUGAGGGACAGCAUAGAUUACCUGCAGGCAAACGGCUUAAAGUCGAACCAGAUAUACCGCACCGAGCCAGACAAGAUCAAACUACAGCAGCUAAGAAAACUCUACACGGACCGCGGGCCCACCUUCCCUUACCACUGGGAUGUGCCGGUGGCCUGUGCUAUGCUUAAGAGCUUUAUUAGUGAACUCCCCGACUCAAUCCUCACUCAAGAGCUCCAUGGUCAGUUCGAACAAGCCACAGCCAUAGCGGAGCCCCAAAGAGAGACUACCAUGAUGUCGCUAGUUGGAAAACUGCCUCCAUGCAACUACAACCUGCUAGCCUGGCUUAUGAGGCACUUUGAGAGCGUCGUAGCGAACGAACAGGUGAACCACGCGAGCAUACAAACUAUAACCACAGCGAUGGGUCCCGCUUUGAACAUGUCCUUCAAUUUAAUCACGUACUUCGUCACAAAAGCAGAAAAGCUAUUCCCUGACGUUCAUCUUACGAAAUACGUGCCCCCUCUCCAAACAAUCCCGACAGAUUUCUCCGAAUGCGCGCAGGACAUUGCUGCGGAGCUUCGAAAGCAAGAAUCGCUUCUCAACCAGAUCCAUGCGGAAAUGCAUGCAGGGUUUAUCACCCCUGCUCGAGAUCAACAACUAUGGGAAGGGCAGAGGCUCGUCACGCAACUUAAGAGAAAACUCAGAUCCGUUCAAAAAUCGGCCGAACCCAACUCGUUGCCGCCUCAACCGUCUCUCGACGAGAAACAGGACGACGAGCCGGCUCGACGGCACUCGCAACCCACUUCCCAACCGGUUGCCCAGCCGGUACCACAACCGGUAGCACAACCGGUACCACAGACCUCCUCACAACCGGACCCGGCACCGGAACCAGAACCGGUGACGCCGUCGACGAGUGACGCAUUCCAAAACGAAUCUCCGAACCAAGACCCGACAUUCGAAGCCGAAUUCGAAGACAAUUUCGACUUUACGAAGUUCGACGAAAAAUCGACUCCCACGCAAACCGAUUCGGCCUUCACUGUCCCUCUACCAGAUGUCAAAGAAAAAGAAGAAACGGAAGUGAAAGAAAAACCCAAAUUCACGGAAAAAGAAUUAAGAGUGCUCAGACUCGAGUUAGAAAACGCCGAAUAUUUGCAACUCAAAUCAUUAUUACAAGCUAAAAUAAAUUCUGAGCAGUUCGAAAUCGUAAAGCUGAGAAGCCACGUCGCGUUAAAGAACAAGCAAGAAAGCCAACAUAGCAAUAAAGAAAACAAAGAAAACAAUAUGCCAGAGGAAUUAGAGCUAAAACAAAGACUGAUGAAGGAAAACGCGUUGUUGGAACAGAAAAGACUGAACCUUAUCAACCAGAUCUUUCAGGAGAGAGUCGCGUGUAUACAGUUGAAAAUUGAGCUAGCUAUGAAAGAAAUACUCUCAAAAUCAUAAAUCGUUGUGAAACAGUGAACGAAUUUAGCAUAGAAGUUUCUAAGUAAAAUGUUCUUAUAGUCUCGUCAGUUAAACAUGAUUAAUGAUUAUCCCUUAAAAUCAACUAAAACAGAAGAUAGAUCUGAAACUAUUUCCUGAUGAAUGAAUGGUAUUGCCAACAGAUACUUCCCAGUACUGUGGAACUGUGGAAUGGACUGUCGUCUGCGGUGUUUCCGGACGGAUACGACCUGCAAGCUUUCAAGAGGAGAGCGUAUCUUCACCUUCAAGGCCGGCAACGCACCUGUAACGCCCCUGGGUCUGCGGGUGUCUACGGGCGACGGUAAUCACUUACCAUCAGGUGAUCCGUCUGCUCGUUUGCCUCCCUGUCACAUAAAAAAAAAGUCACCUAAGUAAUUUGCGCAACUUUAGUAUUUUCUUUAUAAAUCUGAUACGAAAUCGUUAAUCCAAAUAUGUUUCUAUGCUUUUUUCGCUUACUAUAAUGUAUUUAUAAAAUUGUUGACAUUAUUUAUUACUUGUUUCGUGAUCAUUCUCUAGUAUUUAAGUAUUUUAAAAAUAUGUUAAUCGUUCGUGUAUGCAUUUGAAUUAUCAUCACAAUAAAGUGAUAAGUAUUCGAGGAAAAA